CUGUUCCUCAGCAAGCACCUCCAGCGCACCAGUACUCACAUUACAAUAGCCAUCCUCAGUAUUCAACGCAGCAAGUGUCUUCAGGGCCCCCACAGCAGCCAUACAGGCAAUUCAAGCAAAUUAAUGGUCAAACGUAUACACGCGACAGUCAUGUUGUGUACACAAAUCAGCCGGCUGGAAACCGCCAGAGUAAACCAGGCCACAUACUUGGCGCUGUCUGCAAAGACUCAACAAAGCAGACCUUCUAAUGGAAUCCAGGCUCCAUCGCGAGUCGCUCGCACAAACACCGGAAACGCGCCCAAUCAACAGCACAAUGGAAAAACAAGGAACACUGGCUCCACUGGUCAUCACCAGCUAGUAGAGGUGCGUUUACCAAGAAUGGCAAAGAAAACGCCGCCUUCGAAGAAUCCCUCAGCUCCAUAUCAGAUCACUGGAACUGGAGCUGCCGUUCAUAAUCAACGACGGUAUCCCGUUCGAACUAUUGCCACUCAGCGAAUCACCACGCCUUCUCCGGUCCGUGCUGAAGCCGAUACUAACACGUUGAAUCACUAA